ACCAUCACGAUCGAGCAGUACAUUUUCCUUCAGGGUCGCGGUGAGCUCCGGCGCCGGGAUGGCGAAGGGUACAUGGGCGCUCAUCUGCCACCUCCACGCCAUUGCAGGGCCGAGCCUGACCCUGGUAUACCCGCUGUACGCGUCCAUCUGCGCGAUGGAGAGCACGUCCAAGCUGGACGACGGCCAAUGGCUGGCCUACUGGAUAAUCUACUCCUUCAUCGCCCUCUUCGAAAUGGCAGCCGAGCAAGUCCUCUACUGGAUACCGCUGUGGUACGAGGUGAAGCUGCUAUUCGUGGCGUGGCUGGUGCUGCCGCAGUUCAGGGGCGCGUCCUUCAUCUACGAGAAGUUCGUCAGGGAGCAGAUCAGGAAGCACGGGGUGAUGCUGCACGAGCACCACGGCCACGGGUCGCACGUACUCAAGGCUGAGCAUGGCGUGCACUGAGGAGCAAGCUCGCCGGGAGAAUGUCUGUCUGUCCGCCGACGACGAGCCUUUACCAAACCGCCUGAUCCGGGAUCACCUUCCGAGCCGGCGUUGUCGUUGUUGAUUAUAUGGUGUGAGACGUUGGAGAGAACAUCGGGUUGGGUUACGAUGCAAUACCUGCUAAUUCGACGGUCCCUUGUAUAUUUUUUUAAAAUAAUAACGAAAGGAUUCGUGUUCUUUGUGAUCAA